AUGCUGAACAACGGCUGCCUGUGCUGUACCGUGAGGGACGACCUCGUGUCCAUGCUCAACACGCUGUACGACCGCCGCUCCCAGUUUGACCGCAUCGUGAUUGAGACGACGGGCCUGGCGCAGCCCGCGCCCAUCAUCCAAACCUUCUUCCUGGAGCCCUCGGUGUCGGACCGCAUGCGCCUGGACGGCGUCCAUCAAGGGGGCGGUACCGGCAUGCUGUGGUGA